CUCAUCUCAAAACUCACCUCCUCUAUGUGAGCUACAAAAUGAAGCAUAAAGCUUCACAAGCUUCACCUUCAUUAACCUAAACAUGGAAUCUCACCUCUUCCCUUUCUCAUAACAUACCUCUAAAUAUAAACCCUCCCUCCUCACAUACCGCUCAAAAUGAUCCUCUCACCCCUCCCCCUCCUCACAGCAGCGCUGUUCCUCCUCCUCACAACCAUCUUCCUCCGAGCCCUCUACAUCCGCACAACGCUCUCUCGCCUCCGGCCCCCUAAAAGGACCACCCCAUCACACAUCCUCAUCGUCCUCGGCUCCGGCGGCCACACCGCCGAGAUGUCGUCCCUGCUCCGCGGUUUCGACCCUUCUCGCUACUUCCACCGCACCUACGUCGUUUCCUCUGGCGACGGCUUCUCUGCUCAGAAAGCGCUGGAAAUCGAGCGCAUGUUGCAGCAGAGCAAGGAUCAGCCGUCUAAAGAGGGAGACACCGAUCCCGUGACGGGCAGGUGGGAUGUUAGAGUUGUGCCGCGGGCGCGGAAGAUCCAUCAGAGUUUAUUAACGACGCCAUUCUCGGCAAUCUGGAGUCUGGCGUCUUGUAUCUGGGUACUCUGGGAUUGUAGCUGGAGGAGGGCAGGGUGGCCGGAUGUGGUGGUUACGAAUGGGCCGGCGACGGGGGUGAUGGUUGUUUUUGCGGCGGCGGGGUUGAGAUUUUUGGGGGUGGCGGGGUGGGGGAAGAUGAGGUGUGUGUAUGUGGAGAGUUGGGCGAGGGUAAGGACGUUGAGUUUGAGUGGGAGGAUACUUUUGUGGGCGGGGGUUUGUGAGAGGUUUUUGGUGCAGUGGGAGGGGUUGGCUAGGAGGGUUAAUGGGAGGGGUGGGGGGAGGGGGAAGGUUGAGUGGGUGGGGUUUUUGGUUGCUUGA